UGUUGGCUAGUCAACCAAUCACAUUUUUGCUUGACUAAAUUUACAUAAACUUUUAUAUCCUGUAUUAAGUUCUUCAGUUUCAUUGGCUAAUUUAUGGAAACUAGGUGAAUAAAGAAAAAACAAGUUGCUGGAAAGCAGUAGAGAACAAUGUAUUCUUCCUGGUUUUCUACCUGUGUAGCUAAAAGGAGUAUAAAUUAGGUUUAUCAGUGCUUUCUUUAUUGCUGAAGCAUGGAGACUAAUGUAGUUGCUUGAGCUGUAGAAACUGCUUAAAGCUGGACCAGGCUGCAAAACCUGUGAGGACGACUCUUAGAAAGUGAGAGAGGUUGCAUGGGAAGAAGAUCCUUGACAGCCAAGGUAGAAGGGGUGGUGGGGCAGCAAAUCUUAUUCUUCAGGAGAGAAAUUUGAAGGUAUGUAGAACACCUUUUUUAAGAACAUGAGUAACUAAUGAACUUGGAUUUAAAUUAAUUGUACAAAAGUGUAAGACUUGAACACUUUUUCUUACCCCAAAGUUUAUCUUGGGGAUAGUUACUUCCCUUAUUUAGAGUUUAGAAGGUCUGUGUUAGAUCUACACAGUUGCACUAGUGUAAUUCACAGUCAAAUAAAUAUCUCUUAACCUUUUGAGCUGUAGGAUUCAAUCAAGUUCAUUGUUUUUAUUCAGUAGUAAGUAGCCAGUCUGUCCUUAAUUUUUCCUGUGCCUAUUCCUAUACCCCAGCUACCUUUUCUCUGAACAAAUACAACAUGUUAUUUUAACCUGCUAUUGCUCUGUACCGUUAAAGGCUUAAGGGAGGAAAAUCUUGGUUCUUUUUAUGAGAAAUAGAUUUUGCUGUGUUUCUUCUUUCUGACUUGCUUUGUUCUGCAGGUUCCAUAAGAGUCCUGGAUUCAAGACUCUUCUUUCCCCAGAGGUGACAGGGAGUGCAGUUGUACAGUCUAUGUCAAUUUUAAAGGAAUUGUGCCAGCUGACAAGUUUAGCUGGACUGUUCACAUUUAUAGUUCUGAGGGCUUGUUUGGUGUGUAUUUCCGUAAGUAUUGUAUGAUUUUGGAAAAUAAAGUUUGGUAGCAGCAACCAGAGUAUAAAGUCUGCCAUCAAGAAGCAAAAACAGGACAUCAUGAGAACCCUCUCACAACUUGGCAGCUGUGAAAGUUGAGAUAAAAUCCAAAAGUAGUAAAUGUAGCAAUAUAAAACAAGCCAGCAAGAGAACAAAACCUAUUUUGGUUUAAUAUCAUUAAUCAAAAUAAAUCCUGUCCAGCAUCUGAAUUAAAGAAAGAUAGGUGUUUGAAGAUAGCUUGUAUAUGACAAUAGUAGAAGCAAACAAAUGUGAAAAGGCUUUUGUAUCACAGGAUACUGAAGAAAGGAACAUAAAUUAUGGGAUAUAUUCCUUUUAUCACAUGGGAUUGCAUAAAAGUGUAAGAUGAUGGUCUAGCUAUAGGUGAGUUGGAGUAGCAUUCUCAAUGAAGCAACACAUUGUUAUCUUGUUAAAGAACAGGCUUUCAUAGUCAUCUACAGCACUGGAGAUUUGUUUGUAGUUUAUUUUGCAAGUGUGAUCAGGGAGGUACUUAAGAGACUAAGAUUACCUGGGUUCUUUCACUGACAUGGCAUAAUAUCACUUAAAUGUAGAAUGCUUACAAUUACAGUACAAAUAUCUUGAUACCAACAGUUCCUGGAUUGUACACGUUAUCCUUUCUCUGAAGAUGGUCUGUGUUCUGACCAUUGCCCACGGUGUUGGAUUGCUGUAGAUUGUAGAUGCCCAGAAUAGUAUGAUAAUCUUUCCACAAAGAGUUGAUGUUUCUGAUAGUUCUGCUUAUGUGGAAGGCACUGAUGUGUCAAUAAUGAGAGGUGCUUAGAGCCUCAGCAAUCAAAUCAAAGCCAGGGAUUUUGGUUCCAUGCAGAAGGGUGGCAGGCAGCUGUUUCUGAAGAAAUUUCAGAGAUACAGGUUACACUGUGUAAUAAGUUAAUCGUGACUUGUACUGUUAACUCUAUAUUAUUAUAUAUAGAAAUAUAAUUUCCUGUAUACUUCUAAAAAUGUAUUGUACAUCCCAGAAGCUGAGUGUCUCAGAAAGCAGACUGGUGUAUCUCUGUGCAAUCCAGGAUCUUGUGCUGCUUGUAAUCUUUCAUAACACAUCUUAAGUGUGAAAGCAUGAGUUCCAGUUCGAAUUGUGAUGCCAUGAUGCAGGGAGAACACACCAGGCUUCAGUUGUAAACACCUUGAGGGUAAAAAAUGCACAUCACUUAGUGUGGCAUGUGGCCACUCCAGGAAAAAUUGAGAGCUGUUCUUCAUUGCUUCCUCAUCCGUAUGACAACAAAAUACACUUGAUGUGCUGUUUCUCAGAAGGUUCUUCAUAAGAAAGGUCUGUUUUCUGGUCUGUUAUGGAGAAGUGUGAAGGAAGAAGGUAUAUGGGAAUUAAUCUCUUGGAAUAAAUAGCUUGGUUUUUUCCUGCAUUAUUUUGCUGGGUUUAGCUUGAUUUGAUGACAUGGAGUUCUGCAUUUGUUUUUGAAUUCAAGUCUUGAGAAAAUAGACUUAAUUAAAUAUUCAUUGUGGUUUCAUUAAAAAAAAAAUAUUACCACAUUAUUAUUACCACAUCACUAUCUGCUGAGAACAUAGCUGAAAACAAAAAAAAAAAGAACUCUCUUGUGUAACUACGGAAAGAAGCAUAUGGAAAACAAAAGCUUCUAAAAGCAAACGUGAAAUGAACUUGUAGACUGGACAUGGUGGACUUAAAAAGCCAGACUAUAAUUUUCAGAGCAAACCUACAGUUAUUUCAGCCUUCCAGAGGAAAAAUACAGUCUUGAGAAUUCAUGCGAUAUUUCACUCAAAAUUAUUCUGACUUUACUGCAUUCCUUAGUGAAUUUCCUAAUUAAUUUCUGUGUUAAUUGGCAAAAACGGUCUAUGUGAAAUGUUUGACACCAGUAUGGAAGUCUGGGAUAGGCUUUCUCCAAUUCCUGUAAAGCCAAAUUUGUGUAGUUCUUCUUCAGUAGGAGUCCAGGGUGAUGGGGGAGUCGAGUGAGCUUGGGGAAAUGUUUGGAGAAGGCUUGGAUGUUUCACAAAAAAGACAGUACAUGGGAACAGGACACACUAAAUAAUGGGAAAACUGAUGGUGUCCCACAUUAGAGCUGAUUUUCACUUUUUAGUGUGUGGAAAAGUGUUAACUGCAAGGACUUGUACUGUACCUGUUGAAUAUGUGGAGUCUCUUUUUUAGUCCACUGCAUGUUUUCAACUUAAGUUUACUUUAAGUUCUGCUGAAAAGAAAUGUACAAAGACAGCCAUUCAAUUGAGGAUUAAUCACUAUGGCAACAGAAAUGUGGUGACUGAAAAGGGGGAGGAUAUAUUCUUCCCUCAGCUUCCUGCCAGCUGUCAUAUUCAACCUUUGCGGCAUGAAUUCAGGCCAAAAUAUAGACUGUGACCAGCUCUAAGAAACUUUAUCUGUAUUUUUAUAAAUUCGUACGAGAAUUGCACUAUAAAGGAAGACUUAAUCCUCUAAAUUGGAUGACAGACAUUUGGCACUAUUGCCAAUGUUUGACAGAGAAAUAACGAGAUGCUUUGUAGUAAAACCUGGAUUAAUGGUAAACCCCUCUUUAUGUUAUUGCAAUGUGGUGUAAAUGAAAAAACUAAGCAUGCUGUCAGCCUAGGAAAAAACGUGCCCUUUUUAUCUGCAAUGCAGAUUUAAGUACUGUUGAGAAUACUGUAAAUACAAAAGUUGUGUCAUUAAGAACUCUUUAUCUUAUUUGUAUUACAUUGACAUUUUGUAGAUUUUUUUAAACAAAGACUUUCUAUCGGUUGUAGGAAUUCUGCAGUGUGCUUGCACAGCUAUCAGAUUCAACAAGUUUACAAAGAACAGGCUUUUGGGAGAUAACAUGCCUUUAUCUUUGCUGGUCUAGGAUGGUGAACUAUUCAGCUUUAAAAGAAUUGUUCCCACAUGAUUGGCCAGUAAUGCUGCUUUACUGAGUUUACUUUUUCGGUUUAACCAUUCCGGUAUGGCUUUUGGUUGCGUUUUUUUAAAUGUGGUCAGUUCAUAUGUGGCCUUCUGUGAGUGGCAUUUUCAUUAUGAUAUGUGUACAUGGCCUUUAGUUUUGCUCCUGUUGGAUGGAUGGCUGAGAAGGUGAAAGAAGAUAGGUGUAAGUCCAUGGACCUCUGCUGGAGUAAGCAAUUACUUUAGGCUUUGAAUUCUGAGACAGGCUGACUAUCUCCUCUCAUUCUCAACAAUAGGAAUGACUAUGUUGAUUUAAGAUCAUAUUUUUGGUGCAAGACAGUGAUCUGUCAUACAGGAAUUAUUUUUGCUAAAGGCUCAACAGCUUCAAUGAAACUGCUCCUAAUAAAAAAUUCGUGGUCUGUUACCUGACUGUAGAAGAAACAGACUCAGAAACAAAUGUGAAGUAGGGCACAAUCUGUUCUCAGUUGACUUUAGUAGUCAAUUCUCCACUACCACACAAAAGAGCAGAGUUUGUGGAAUGUCCAGUUUAUUUAUGCAGAAAAGCUGUUUGGAACAAACGGGAAAAUUACUCAUAUUGCUUUAAAUUUUCUUUAGUUUCAUUAAUUUUACUGGUCUCUUGGUUUGGCAGAAUGUUUUGGAGGAGUAAUUUAGACCCAUAAUAAAUCUUAGCCAUUAUUGUAACUUGAAGAAUAAUUCAGCAUAUGUUCAAGAAAAGCAUAUGAAAAGGUCAUAAUAAUUCAUACAUAAUAUCAGAAAAACUCCCAGGAGGGGGGAGAAAGAAAAGAAAGGAAAAAAAAAGGAAAAACUAUUUAGAAUUGUAAUUUGGGUACAUAAAGAGAGUGGAAUGCAGUAUCACAUGAUCAAAUUAUCACCAGUCAUCCAAAACCAGCUGCAAAUCACAAAUGUGUGAAGUCGUGUAUUGUCUCAGGGUUUGAGGAGAGUGGGAAAAUACAAAGUAGGAUAUGGCAUAAGGGUUUAUUUGCUGGUAAGAUGUGUUUUAAGAGGUCAGUCACACUGAAUUCAUUGUGCUUCAUGCUUUUGUAUUAUGUUGGGUGACUGCAAGGCAACUAGCCAUUUGAGAAGGCCAUUCUUGUUUGUUUUAGAAAUGAAAGCAAACAGUGAAACGGUGCAGUGGUAAUUCAGUAUCCUGGGUAUCUCACAGCAGUGGUCUCAGGCAUACCUGGAGAGACAAGCCUCAUAACAUUGUUUCAGCUGUGAGUCGGGAAGUCAGAGGAUUAUUGCUGACUGGAAGUCAGUAUCUGGCAAGAUACUUACUGUAGGGAUGCUUUGGGUAGUUAGGCAGUAAGAGGAAGAUGGUCAGGCACCGUGCAGCUAUGGCUGAAGAGUAAUUAUGUAAACAUAUCUUCAACUUCAGAUCCAGGCUGUUAAAGGAUGUGCAUUGUCCUGCAAGUCUGGAGACUCAGUGAAUUGCCACAAAUAUGAGACAACUUGAGAAACAAGUAUCCCUGAGCCUCUGUUUCUCUUUUUUCUCCACUCACCCCAGCCUCUGCUCACUUACUCUCCCGCACCUUUUCAUCUUGCUGCAUUUGAAAAGGUGAAAUGUUGCUGUGUUUUGCUGGGCUAGAAGGGAGUAAAGAGAAGGAGUGAGUUUGCUGGCUUAAGGUGGCCAGUCAUCUCAGUCCUGUCUAAAGAUGCUUAUACAAGAAUUAGCAUUCAUUGCUCCAGAAUACAGAGCUGUUUCUUUAUGGCUGUUACAGGAAGAACAGGUACUGAAGUUUUCUACUGUCAAAGAUAAACAAAAAUUGGUUUUGGUAGGUGCAUACUAGUUUUAAAACUUCCAUACUUAGGCAGCAGGAGACAGAUUUUUGUCUUUGAUGUCAAUGUAAUUAUUUCACUGCACCUUCCCCCCGUGCCCCCAGAGGUUUUUUGCUGAAAGGAGAAAAUGUGGAUACAGAAAUGUGUAGUGGUUUUACAGAUAAUUCAGUAUAAGCACACUUAAUUUAUCAGAUGACCAGUAAGUAUGUUUUCAAGUUAAAGUGAAACUUUUCCACUUUGAACAGCUGAAAUUUCUUAAAAUGCACUGCAAAGGCUUACCGUCCUUAAUGGAUUUAAAUAUUUAGUAGAGACUAACUGCUUUCAUGACUACUGUCAUUCUCCUUGUCAAAAUUCUUUUAAAAUAUAUAUAGCAGACACUAUAUGAUAUGUGUAUACUAUAGUAUACAGUGAAGGGUUUUUGUUUCCUUUAUUAUUUCAUUCUUUUGAUUCAUAAAGGGUGUGGUAUUUGUAAUAUAAAUACUUUAAAUUGGUAGUAUCAGUAGUGUCAGAACAGGAGUCUGAUGCUCCUAGCUGAGUCAAAUUCUCUUAAUUUCAGUCUUACUUUAGGAGACUGUCUUAUGCGUGUGUUAUACAUGAUAAUUCAGGUGAACGUGACCAGUUCUGUGCAGUCAGCGUGGGAUUUCAUGUAGAAGUGAAUAACGGGGACACAGUAGUUUGUUAAAAGAAAGUGCUUGAGGAACAGAACAUGUAGAAAGCUGUUGAAAGGAAGUUUUCGCCAUGAAAUCAGUGAGUUAGAGGGCAAACAUUGAAAGGUAAUUGGAAAGAUGUUGGCCAUGAGAACAGUGAAUUAAGGAGGGUAAUACACCAAGUCAAAUUCAAAAGGAAGCAAAAUAGUGUGAAAUGCUGACAAUGCUGGAACAUGACUGAAGUUUUUGGUUUGUAGUGGUACUUGUAAGAGAAGGGCAGAGGGAAUAUUUUCAUCCCAGUGUGCAAAGCUUGCCUCUGCAUAAAACCUGAUAUCCAUAUAUCGCUCACAGUAACAGGCUUCAGAUUUGACCUUCAACAAACAUGGAAACAUCCUAAGAAAAACCAAAUAAGUGGUUUAGAUUUACUGAAAAAGUGUUUACUGUUUUUCAAAAAGAGGUGAUUGGAUUUGGGAGCUGGGGGCUGGAAUUUCUAAAACGUUCACCAAUUCAGCAGAGCCAGUUGUUGUGUUUCAGCCUAACUGGGUACCAUUUAACCAAUUGCUUUGCUCCAGAAAACUGAGAUAAGCCUUUCAGGAGUAUCUCACAGAGACCACAGGCUUUCACCGGCAUUAGCUCCUUCAGCUUUUGUGGUAACUUUUUUAUAGUCACUUUUUCUACCUAAAGGAAAAAAAAAAAAUCUUUGAGCAGCUUAUUUAGGUGGAAGAGGAGCUCUUUGUGUGUAUAUGGUGGUAUUUCAAUGUUGGUUUUUUGGGUGUGGCCGUGUGGGUCACUGUACUUAAAAUUUUGUGCUUCCUGAACUAAAUAGGCCAUUUGUGCAUUUAUUUGCAAUUAGCAUUACUUCUGACAUUAAUUCUGUUCCUCUGCAAAGACAAGUAAUUUUAUGACUUUCAGUGUGUUUACAACAUAUGGCUUUUUUCCCAAAGAUACUAAAAAUCCUGUGUUUGAACAGAUGUGUAAACCAAAGUAUUGCUGCCUCAUAUACUUUGGUCUUGUUUAAAAAGAGCUGGAGGGAUGCACAUUUUUGGGGGUUUAAAAUACCUUUAAGACAGGCAUUGACAUGGCUAGUCUUGUAUUCUAUGGGAGUUAUGCUUUCUUGAAUUAAAUUAUACAGCCCUGAUUUACUGACAGAGUGAAAAUAAGCCAAGUCUUAGCAUAGUGAGAUCUGAAUACUAUGAAUAUGCUUCAUGCAACAUUUCCAUCAAAAUAAAUAUAUUUUAAAACCAUCAUUGCUUUCUUCUUUUGACGUACAUUUUCUGGGUAAAGUUCUUUGUUAUCCAUGCAUUCGUAAAAAAAAAAAAAAAAAAAAAAUUUAAAAUGUUAAGAAAUGUAUAGAGAACCAGCAAGAGAAUUGUAGAAUAUUUAUGCUGUAGGUAAUGUCUACUAAUUCAAUCUUAAUUUUGUUACUAGCAUUAUACUCUUAUUGGGAGGGCAGGGGUUUUAUCUCAGUUGGGGAGUUGGCUUCAGUUUUGUAUAGUGUAUCUUAAAAUAGUGCAGUAGAAUUUUAAGCUUUGUAGUUGUGCAUUUGUCCUAAAGUGAGAACUUAUGCCUGUAGGUUCCAAAUAUUAACAUCUCUUUCUGUAUGCUAGCUCGAGGUUACUUGCCAGUGUACAGUUGAGAACAGAUGUGAGAUCCUAAAGCUCAGAAACAUUGUGAACAGCCCAUGGAAAUAAGGCAAAUGGACAUGGAUCAAAUAGAAACACACUGAGAAGAAACACUGUAAAUCUGAAACCAAAUUUUGAACUGCAGAUGACAAGAAAAAUGAUGAAAGCCCAGAAGACAGCACUGCGGAGAAGAGCCUUGUUAAGGGAGGGCGAGAAAUGCUGAUGAACAGUAAGCAGCAGCAUCUGCAUGUUAUGCAUCCUGUGACCCAGAGAAAGCAGAAAGUGUGCAGAGUAGGUUCAACCACCUUCUUGAUUGGAAAGACGCCCAAAGGAAUACGCAGGACACAAUUUGAGGAAAUGGUAUCCCACUUUAAUAUGGGAUCAGUGAAAGACCUCGCAGAACAUAUUGCAAAAGCUACCUCAGAAACAAGGCAGAACAUGUUGAAGGAAUUCUAUGUUUCCAAGCACCCUGAGAUGGAGCCUUUCUUCUCAGUUGAAAUACCAACACAAGAGUUACGUGGCCCUGAGGAAGGAGGACUGGGUACAUCACACUCUAGAAAAAGAAAACCUGUUGUUAAUUUUGGAAGGUCUAAGUCUAGACCUUCAUCAGCUAAAGAACUACUUCUGAGCAGGACCACAGAAACACAGACCCAGCAGAGCUGUAAAGGAGGAGCAGAGAAGCUUCACAAUGACUCCUGCCUGCAAGAUGUGCUUGUUGAUGCAAAAUGUAAACAAUCACCCACUGUUGCUGCUCAGCGUUUAGAAAGGAGAAACAGUCAGGCAUUCAAGGAUUUUAUGGCAUCUGGCUCAUUAAACAGUAAAUCAGGGGUGCUGCCUGUAAAAAGUUGUGAAGGACAGCGGGACUCAGAAGGAACACAGCUGCCAAAAAAAAGAUCCCUGUCUCAAUCAGAAAAUGGAGAGAGCAAAGCUCAGAUUUAUAAGAAGAAGUCUUUUAUGGAUUUACUUGGAGAUACCUCUAUUCUCAAUGACGUCUUCAGAAGUGGUGGAAAUGGGCCUGCAGGAUCACCAAGGAGAUUCUCUUCGGGGGAAGCAGAAAAAUCAAAGGAGAAACCAAAAGAUUUCUGGGAUAUGCUGAAUGAGCAGAACGGGGAGAACCUCAGGAAGCUCACGGACAUAGCAGUCAUAGAGAAGCUGUGCAAAAGAGCACCUCGUUCCACAGUGACAGAAGAGACAGAAGUGUGCGAAGGUUCUCUCUGGAAAAAAAAUGAAAAUUUUCUAUGGAAAAAGUAUCGUGCGUGUGAUUCAGAUGAACCCUCCACUGCUAAAUCUUGUGAUGUAGUAAAAUGAAAGUUUUCUACACGGGUUGCACUUUAAUUAUUUUAGUUGAACAUUGAGGAACUUCAGGAGUGUGGAACAAAACAUUGUAACUCCAUGAAAUUAAAGGCAAAAUGAUGAGUUCUUAUCUAGAGUAAGAGAGAAUUAUAUUUUACAGGUGUGAAUUAUGUAUGUAACAACAUUUGCAAAUAUGUAUGUAAUUACAUAUGCAAUGUAUAGUACAUUUGUGCAUAGUAAUGCAUAUAGACUAUAUAUUGUAAACUAUGACAUAUUAAUUUUAAAUUAAACUUUUUUAGAAUUUUCUGAGUA